AGACUGACGCUGUGCGCAAAUUGCGGAGUUGUCUAUCAGCUGAAGAUGCCUUGCAAACAUUGCCACGCGACUACAGGACUAGAGUGUAGUCUAUACGGUGCUAGCAUCACCACGAUCGCCGUGUAGAGAUGAGGACGGGUUGACCCCAGCUGCCCAUCCCACUUAUACAAUGACCUGCCUUCAGUAACGUACGAACAUUUUGCUUAUACAUUGUGUCUACGGCUCCUGAAUGCAUAGUUUCAUCAUUACUCUCAUUAUUCCCGUCUUGUCUUCAACUUGAUUUGUGUAUGCUGCGAGAGAAAAACAUUUCAAUCAACGACUAUUUCAUCUCAAUGGAUGGAGAUGACUGCGAUGUAUUAAAAUACACACGGAAUAGUGCUGCUACAUCUGCACUGUGUAUUUAGAAUAUGGCGGUUUUGUCGUUAUGCAAAUAAAACGGACUGAAUUAGUACAUGAUUCUCGUCAUUACAUGCGUUACAAGCCGGGUUAAAAUAAUCUUCGAAAUUAAAAUCGACUGUGAGUUCUGUGUGUGUGUACCAGCAGUGUACGCUGUAUGAAUAUUAAUGCGCAAGGCCUGCCAGCAUUGAUCAUACUUAAUGAGCAAAGGGAGAGCCAUUCAAUAUUCUACGAGGAUGUUUGCAAUGAUGAAGAUGCAGUCUGGCAGCCAGUGCUAUGGAAACAGUACUGCAUAAGCCGCCACACCAAGCUGCCUUCAUUCGCUAUGAAUGGAAUCUCGGAACCGACGAGCACUGAUAACAACAAUACGACAAGCAAAAUUGGUGGUGUGCUUAGCAAUCACGCGGCGGAGGAGGCGGGUUUGAACGCCAAGACUGGUGGUGAUAUAGAGCCGGAUACAGACACCCAGCUGUCUGCUACGACCUCAGGAACACUCAAGAUGGAAUCGUCAGACAUUACUAAGGGCAAGGAGGGUAGUGAAACAGCACCAAAGAAAACACUCAUUAAUGGCAAGUCCAAGAGGCUACCCUUCACCCGGAUGUUGAGCGCUAAGACUUUGCAAGAGCUCAUGCAAGAUGAUCAAUUCUUGCUGAGACUCUUCGCGUGUUUUACACCCUUCGAAAAAUGUGUGUUAGCUCAGGUGUGCCACAGAUGGAAGGAUUUACUGUACCAACCGAAAUACUGGCAGCUCGUUACUCCAAUCAUUCAUAAGAGAGAUCUCUACGAUGAGACAGAGGAUACUCAUAAGUCUUUCACAUCAUUGGCAAGCUUUGAGCAGCGUGGUUUUGAGUCUGUGUGUCUGGUAAGUGUCUCUGAUCUGGACAUCUGUGAGUUCAUCGACCAUUGCCCCAAGACCAAGAAGACCCUGAAAGCAGUGAGUUUGAAACGCUCGACGGUCACUGAUGCAGGCUUGGAGGUGAUGUUGGAGCAACUGGGAUCUGUAGAAUCUCUGGAGCUCAGUGGCUGCAACGAUUUCACAGAAGCAGGUUUAUGGUCAAGUCUCCAGCCACGUAUAGUCUCUCUGAGCAUCAGUGAUUGUAUUAGUGUUGCAGAUGAAAGUGUGGCAGCUGUAGCACAGAGGCUGCCCAACUUACGGGAACUUAACCUACAGGCGUACCAUGUGACGGAUAGCCUACUGGCCUACUUCCCUGCCAGACCAAACAGCAGCAUGGCUGUGCUGCGUCUGAAAUCCUGCUGGGAGCUUACCAAUCAUGCUGUGGUCAACAUAGUGCAGUGCCUGCCCCAGCUUAGCGUGCUUAGCCUAUCUGGCUGCAGUAAGAUCACAGACGAAGCUGUAGAGCUAAUUGCUGAGAAUAUGAGUCAGUUGAAAUCCUUGGAUCUCUCGUGGUGCCCUAAAAUUACUGAUUCUGCCCUGGAGUAUGUGGCAUGUGAUCUGCCUAAGCUGGAGGAACUGGUGCUCGACAGAUGUGUACGGAUAACAGAUACUGGCAUUGGAUUCUUGUCCACGAUGAACUGCAUGAGGGCGCUAUACCUAAGGUGGUGUUGUCACGUACAGGAUUUUGGACUUCAACACUUGUACAACAUGAAGAGCCUGGCCAUACUGUCAGUAGCAGGGUGUCCAUUGUUGACAGCAGCAGGCCUGUCUGGUCUGGCUCAGUUGAAGAACCUUGAGGAGUUAGAGUUGACCAACUGCCCUGGUUCAUCCCCGGAGCUGCUUCAAUACUUCACUCUCAAUCUCUCAAAAUGUACAAUUGUCCACUAAAGAUGUAGUGCCCAACUCUUGAAUUGUCCACUAAAGAUGUAGUGCCCAACUCUUGAAUUGUCCACUAAAGAUGUAGUGCCCAACUCUUGAAUUGUCCACUAAAGAUGUAGUGCCCAACUCUUGAAUUGUCCACUAAAGAUGUAGUGCCCAACUCUUGAAUUGUCCACUAAAGAUGUAGUGCCCAACUCUUGCUGAUGAGAAGUAACACCAUUAUGUUUAUUUUGUUUUUGUAACCAAAGAAAAGAGAUAGUUUGGGUUUGUACAAAGACAAAAUGACUGGAGUGGGACUUGAACCAACGGCCUUCGGAUUAACGUACCAACAGAGCUAAAUGUGUCCAACCCUAUGAGGUGAUCUCCCUAUUGUGAAAGUAUUAAAGCCAUGAUUUCACUGAUUGACUAUGAACUUGAUCAGACAGAAUUUGAUUUGUGUAUUGUUCCCAAGUUUUUUCUGAAUACUCUUUUAAAGGCAGUGAACACUAUUGGUAAUUGUCAAAGAC